AUGCAGUUCAAGCCUUUCCUUUGGACGGCACUGCCGGUGCUUCUCCAGCUGAACUCACUGGUGGAGGCGGCCUCUCCAGUCAGCCGUGUAAACAGAUGCUUGAAGGCCUACACAGGCCAUGGUGCAUCUGCCUCAGCUAAUGCCAGCAAGAAUGUCUACCAGACCGACUUUGAUGGCGUGACCUGGGAUGACGAUAACUGGAUCCUGACGACUACUACCCUGGAGCAGGGUCGCUUCCAGACACGAGGCUCCGUCGCCAACGGUUACCUCGGUAUCAAUGUUGCCAGCGUUGGACCGUUCUUCGAGGAGGAUGACGCCGCUGUGGGCGGCGAUGUGAUUAGCGGAUGGCCGCUCUUUUCGCGGCGCCAAUCCUUUGCGACCAUUAGUGGUUUCUGGGAUUCCCAGCCUACCACUAACAGCUCGAACUUUGGCUGGAUCUCCCAGUACGGUAGUGACAGUGUUAUCAGUGGUGUUCCCCACUGGGGUGGUCUGAUCCUGGAGCUUGACAGCAAUACCUAUUUGGAUGCCAAGGUUGAUAACUCUACUAUCUCGGGCUUUACCUCAACCUAUGACUUCCAGGCUGGUGUCCUCUCUUGGUCUUACCAGUGGAAGCCCAAGGGCAACUUUGGCUCCUUUGAUAUUACUUACCGCCUCUUUGCCAACAAGUUGUAUGUCAACCAGGCCGUUGUGGAUAUGGAGAUUGUUCCCUCGCAGGAUUCCAAUGGAACUAUUGCCAAUGUUCUAGAGGGAUUCUCUGCUGUUCGCGCUGAUUUCGUUCACUCGGGCGAGGACAAUGGAGCCAUUUACUCUGCAGUGCGACCAAAUGGCAUCGCCAACGUUACGGCCUACAUCUACGCUAAUCUGACCGCCACUCCCAACGUCGAUCUGUCCUCGCGGAAACUGGUUAACAACAAGCCAUACGUCAGCCAGAACUCCUCUUCUAUUGCCCAGACUGUGCCAGUCACUUUCAAGAAGGGCCAGACAGUGCAUAUUACCAAGUUCGUUGGCGGCGCUUCCACGGAUGCCUUUACCAACCCCCAGGAUGUUGCCAAGGCUGCUGCUUCGGCUGCGACCAUGAACGGAUACGCCAAGUCCCUCCGCGCUCACGUUGCCGAGUGGGCGAGCGUGAUGCCCGCGGACUCGGUUGAUAGUUAUGCCUUCCCGAAUGGCACUCUGCCCGAAGAUAGCAACAUCAUUGAUUCUGCCGUGAUCGCAGUGGCCAACACAUACUAUCUCCUGCAGAACACUGUCGGCAAGAACGCCAUGAAGGUCUCCAACAGCACUUCCCUGAACCGAGACAGUAUUUCCGUCGGUGGUUUGACUUCCGACUCCUAUGCUGGUCAGGUCUUCUGGGACGCCGAUGUCUGGAUGCAGCCUGGUCUGGCCGCGUCUCACCCUGAAUCUGCUCAGCGUAUUACCAACUACCGUGUCGACAGAUAUGCGCAGGCGCAGGAGAACAUCAAGACUUCUUUUGCUGGAUCCCAGAAUCAGACAUACUUCUCUCCUGAUGCUGCUAUCUACCCCUGGACCAGUGGACGAGCUGGCAAUUGUACUGCUACCGGUCCUUGCUGGGAUUACGAGUACCACCUGAAUGGCGACAUUGGCUUGUCGAUCAUCAACCAGUGGGUUGCCAGUGGCGAUAACAAGACCUUCAAGGACAGCUUGUUCCCUAUCUAUGACUCGGCCGCCACUCUCUAUGCCGAUCUACUGGUGCAGAAUGGAUCCCACUGGACGCUCAAGAAUAUGACCGACCCUGAUGAGUACGCGAACCACGUCGACGCUGGCGGUUUCACCAUGCCGCUCAUUGCGCAGACUUUGACGUAUGCCAACCAGUUCCGCCAGCAGUAUGGUCUCGCGGAGAAUACCACCUGGGACGAGAUGGCCAAGAACGUCCUGGUUAUUCGCGAGAACGGUGUCACCCUGGAGUUCACCACUAUGAACGGCAGUGCUGUUGUGAAGCAGGCCGAUGUUGUCUUGAACACUUAUCCUUUGGCCUACACUUCCAACUACACUACCCAGGAUUCCCUGAAUGACCUUGACUACUACGCGAACAAGCAAUCCCCCGACGGACCUGCCAUGACCUGGGCCAUCUUCUCCGCCGUCGCGAACGAGAUGUCUCCCUCAGGCUGCUCAGCAUACACCUAUGCCCAAUACUCCUUCAAGCCCUACGCUCGCGCCCCAUUCUACCAAAUGUCCGAACAACUCAUUGACAACGCCACCAUCAACGGCGGCACCCACCCAGCAUUCCCCUUCCUCACCGGCCACGGCGGCUCCAACCAAGUCGUUCUCUUCGGCUACCUCGGCCUCCGCCUGCUACCCGACGACAUCCUCCACGUAGACCCCAACCUGCCCCCGCAGAUCCCCUACCUGAAAUACCGCACCUUCUACUGGCGCGGCUGGCCCAUCUCCGCAUGGUCAAACUACACCCACACCACCCUCACCCGCGCCCACAGUCAACCCCUCGACACAGCAGACUCCCGCUUCAAGAGCUCCCCAAUCACCGUCCACGCCGGGCCAGAAGCAAACUCCACCUCCUACAGUCUCCCCACACAGGGUCAACUCGUCAUCCCGAAUCGCCAAAUCGGUUCCGUCAACACGAUAUCCGGCAAUCUGGUCCAAUGCCAACCCAUCCAGUCAACAGAUACCUUCGAACCAGGCCAAUUCCCCAUAUCCGCCAACGACGGCGCAACAUCCACAAAAUGGCAGCCCAGCCUCGCGUCAAACCUCAGCGCCGUAACCGUCCUCCUCCAGUCCGAACUGGGCCAAAUGAUCUCCGGCUUCAAGUUCGACUGGGCCCAAGCGCCACCGGUCAACGCAACUGUCAUCUUCCACAACAAGACACUCGCCAGCCCCGCGCAGGCCUACGCCUCCGGUUCUAGCGGCGAUUACCAGGUCAUCAGCUCGCUGCAUGAUAUCAAGGUGUCGAACCCGUAUCAACCGGGGACCACGAAUCUGGACACGAUUGCCAUCCCCAUUGGUAACACGACUAACGUGACGCUUUCGCAUCCCGUGCCGGCGGCGCGGUAUGCGUCGCUGCUUAUUGUGGGUAAUCAGGCUCUGGAUGAGGCUGACCUCAAGGCUAAGAAUGGUACCGGUGCGACUGUUGCCGAGUGGGCGAUUAUCGGGCAAGGUUCCGAUGAGGGGGCGUCUCACUCACCUUCUAAGCGGACUAUGAAUGUUCGUGCUGCGGCUAAGCUGGCUGGAUCGCGGUCGUUGAUGGAGCGCCGCUACAAGGAUUCUGUGAAGAACGGGUUGUAG